AUGGCCGGCAAGGCAAAAGCAAAGACUAUUAUUGUCCAUCUUUUCUCGUCGGCCCGGACGGGCUACUUUUACACGACAACGCGCGCACGAGCGAGUGCAAAGCUCACCCAGGUCAAAUAUGAUCCUAAAGUCAAGCAACAUGUCCUAUUCGUCGAGAAGAAAUCCAGGGCAAAGUGA